AGCUACAUAAUGUGAGCUACAUGAGACCGGAAUCACAUAAUGCGUCGAUUGGAACCGCGCUAACCAUUUUAACCAAGUUGUGGGAACCCACUCAAGAUUUUCGAGCAAGAAAAGAGUUUCACAGAAUCGGUCUGAUGAGAGACUGGGGACGUGGGUCUGUUUGAAGGAGGUGAUUCAUACAGCACAAAGACAGUUGAAUUCAAUGUGAGAGGCAGCCUCCCAAGCUAUAUCAUUCAGAAUGAGUUGUAGGUGCUGGUUGUCCAGCUCGCAAAAUCUGUAACUCUCAGAACCAGUUAUGGGAGAACACUCUGGUCUUGCCCUGUCUCCUCUCUGCAUCUGUUCUUAAAGAGAAGCACUUUUGUUUUGAGGCUAUUGUUGCUGGACUUCAGCUACCAAAGGCCAAGCAUAUACAGGCAGUCCUUGACAGUUCAUUUAGUGACUGUUCAAAGUUACAAUGGUACUGAAAAAAGAGGAUCAUUUUUCACACUUACAUCGCAGCAUCCCUGUAGUCACAUCAAAAUUCAGAUACUUGGCAACUGGUUCAUAUAUGAUGAUUGCAGUGUCCUGGGCUCAUGUGAUCAUGUUUUGCAACCUUUUGACAUGCAAUGGGGAAACCAGAUUCACUUAACCGUGUUACUAAAUUAACAACUGCAGUGAUUCACUUAACAAUUGUGGCAAGAAAGGUCAUCAAAUGAAGCAAAACUCACUUGAGAAAUGUCUCACUUAGCAACUGAAAAUUUGGGCUCUAUUGUGGUUGUAAGUCGAGGAAUACCUAUACUUCUUAGCCCAGCCAGUCGAUUUAUCCCUUUGAUUAAAAAGAAAUUAGUCCUGAGCUUGCAAAGAGCUGUUCCAAGCAAAAAAACUGAUAAGCUAAUAUCAUGGAAACUCUUAAUUGUCAAUCAUUGCCAAAGACCAAACUAUCAAAGCCAGUCACGUGUUAUCACAGAUUGGCUUAUACAUUAUGCUUAAAUUAGCUACUGAAGUAAUUCAUUUUCUGAGCUGACGUGUUGAAACAUAAAUUAACUAGAUAGACGGAAUUUGCACAGCAGACUGAGUCACCCAAAAAGCUAAUCCAAAUUAACAGCAAUCAACGUUAUCUUACUGUGUGAUUGCAACUGUACAGUCUUUCACUGAGCCAAUCAUGAAUGUUGUGCAAACUCAGCCAGAGAUUAAUGCGCUGUUCAUUUCAAUGAUAUUUGGGGAAAUAAGCAAAAGGAUGAGUCCUUGUAAAGCUUAUAAAGAGAAGGAGCUCAAUAUGGACAAUAUUAGUGCUGGCAUGGAACCCGAACUCUUCAGGAGGGAGAGACAGGUGAGGUUAAGCAAAGCAGGAGAAUGCCAUCCCACCUUAGUGGGAUGAAGAACUUGAGGCUCUGCCUAGGCCAGUGUUUCUCAGCCUUGGCAGCUUGAAGAUGUGUGGAUUUAAACUCCCAGAAUUCCCCAGCCAGCAAAUAUGGAAAGACUCAAAAGCAGCUGAAAGGGCUUAUUUGAUUUCUCACUGCCUACACAGUGUACCAAAGAUCAAUGCUUUGAAUGGAGGAAUUCUCAUGUUGCAACUAUAAAUUGCUUCCAGAGGUUAAUUUAUUUAUCUUUUUUUUCCAAUGUCUUGGUCUUUUCCCAGUUUUUCCCUUGCAGUUUUAUUGGUGAAAGAACAAAGUCAAAGGGGAGAGGAAAAGAAUAAAGUCAAAGAGGAAAGCAAGUAAACAUGAUGAGGCACAUCCAGUUAAUCCACAAGCUAACUAUUUAAUCAUCACCAUGUUGGCUUGUCCCUUUCAGAAACGAGGUACAAAGGGCAAUGGUAAUGCUAGGUGGAGGGGAUUGGAAGCAACUCUUAUUCCUACAACCCUAAAAGCACAGUUACCUGUUAGAAGAGACACAGCUUAGCUCUAUGUACUUAUGCAACAAACAUAUAUUCAGAGGUGAAGUUCUGAAUUAUUUUUGAUGCGCUUUUCAUCAGCUUAGCAUCAGCCACAGCAAUGGAGCUAUUGGAACGAUGCUUUGCAUCUUGCUUUUUUUGUUUACCUUUCUUAGAUUAAGUACCGUUACUCAUUCCUAGGAACACUACAGUGUUUCUAUCCCAGACUAAUUCUAUUUGUUUUAUAGAAAAUCUCAAGGCCUGUUAUGAAACAGACUCUUCUUUUUCCUUAGUUUUUAUUACACACACUUGACAGAGAAUUCUGAGUUUAUUACAUUUUAGUUAAAUACAACCAAGCAGACUUCUGGUCCCUGCAUAUUGUAUAUUCCAAUAAUUCGAAAUGAUUGUUGUCUCAGGAAUAGCAACAGAGUUGGGUGUAGGGCUCCAUGGUUUGAGAUCUUGUCUCUUUCUGGGAAUAUGACCUCUUCCUAUACUCAAAUAUCUCAUCUAUUUCUCCCUUCCGGUUAAUUCUUAACAAAUUACUCUCUAAAGCCCCAAGUUUUGCCAAAACCAGUUAUUCCAAUAAUGAGCUUUUGGACUUUUGAGUGUGGUGACUGUUCUGUCUUAUCCCGUGGCAUCAAAGGGAAGUCUGCCUGCCCGAGUUUCUUCAAUCAACAUCACUGGAGGGUUCAUUUGCAACGCUUAUUGACCAACCUGCCCAAGGAAUCAAUGGCCUUUCCAGAUUUCCCCUUUGAUCCAUCACUGCCUUCAUUCCUGCACCACUCGGAUGUUCUGGCCUACCUGGAUAGCUAUGCAGAGCAGUCUGGAGUCUGCGAUCAUAUCAGGUUCCAAUGGCAAGUGGAGGAGGUCAGGCCUAUCCAGAGGGAUUCAGGCAGCCUAGAUGCCUGGGAAAUCACAGCAACAGUGCAGCACCCGGAAUCAACUCAGCAAGUCACAGAGCACUUUGAUGCCAUCAUGGUCUGCACUGGCCAUUACACUGUCCCAUUUAUACCUCCCAUUCCUGGGUUGGACACUUUCCAAGGCCGUCUUCUACACAGCCACUCUUACCGCUAUCCAGAGCCCUUUGCCAACCAAUCUGUAGUGCUGGUAGGCGCUGGUCCGUCAGGAGUUGACCUGGCCUUGCAACUCUCCAAUGUAGCUGCUCAAGUAGUGCUCAGCCAUAAAAGGCAACAUGUGUGUGGGCUGCCCAAGGAUGUGAUACAGGUGCCCCCACUUCUGAAGGUGGAGCAAAAGACGGUGGUAUUCACAGAUGGUUCCAAGAUGCCAGCUGAUGUCUUGAUUCUUUGUACAGGCUACAAGUACAGCUUCCCCUUCUUGGACUUGGCCCAGUUGGGUUUACAAGAGACAGAUUAUGGAGUGGGGCCGCUGUACCAGCAUUUACUGCCCCCCCAGCACCCGUCGCUCUUCUUGAUCGGCCUUUGUCAGCAGAUCUGUCCUUUCCCACACUUCUACUGCCAGGUGCUAUUUGCGCUGGCUGUGCUAAGUGGGCGCUGUGCCCUCCCUUCUGUGACCGAUAUGGAGGCUGAAGUCCAAAGACAGCUGGGACUACAUUUGAAGAAUGGAGGGUUGGCCCGGUACUUCCUGAAGAUGAGGGAACAGCAGUGGAGCUAUAUGGAGGACCUAGCUCACCUUGCUGGAUUCCCACCUGUGCCACCUACUGUCCAACAAAUUUAUGAAGAUACCCAUGCCAGCCGUCUCUGCAAUGUGAGCACCUAUCGUAGCAGAAACUAUCGGCUAUUGGGCCCAAGUGCUUGGGAGUUGGUGCAGGAUGGGGUGAGAAUUGCAUAAAGCCUGGAGAUGCAAAAUAAGGACCCUUCGUUCAUCCUUCUCUCUUCCUCUGUGUGGUUUUCCUUCUAAGGCCCAACUGCAGUCAGGGGGAGUUGGGCCAAGAAUUGGUGGGUGAGAUAGAGAAAGAACCAAGUCCUCCCAUGGCAUCAUUGAAAUACAAGCAAGAAACUUGAAGCAGAUCAUAAUGUAUGAAAAUAAUAAUAAUGAAAAAUAAUGUUUAUUCCAUCUGUAAAAGAAAGGGGGGCUAGAUUCACACAACAUGCUUAAUCCUAAACCAGGUUUUAUUAAAAAAACAACAACCCACAGUUGGUCUGUCUACGUGGCUCUCUAUAGCCAAACUAACAAACUGACAAAGUUAAGUAACAACCUAGUUUAGGAGCAUCCACCCAGGAGCAUGUUAAAAAAAAAGUCAGGAGGAAAACUGCAACUGUGGCUAGUUUGAUUGGUUUUGCACAGCUAACCAAUCCCAGUUUUGAUUAGUACCCUAUGAUGUAACCUCUAACUACAGAGUGUCCAGCUCAAGCUUUCUGGUGUGCUGUGUGACUGGGUGAAGCUAGAAAGCCAGGUUUCCUUAAUUAACAACUCUUUUUGACUGUGCAUCACACUUUAUAAUCUACACUGCUUAUCACAGUUGGGAAAAUAUCUGCCCUUUGUGUGCCAUGUAAAUAAUUAAAAAUAAUGAGAACCUGAUUCCAAUGAGAAUGAGGAAAAAAAAUCCAGUAAGCUCCAGUCCUUAAUCUAAGUUUCCUUUGGUUCAACACAGAGAGAGGAAGCAUAGGAGGGAAGAGGCAGAUCACAGCUAGUGUUUUAUACCAAUCUGUUUUCUUAUAUUUGCGCUAUAUAUAUCUUUGAAAGAAAUGAAUGGAAAUUCACAAUGGUGUUUUAAUUUGGGAGCUAGAGACUUCUGGUGAUGUCCAAUUGAGGGGACAAAAAAAUAAACCAAAAUUGUAAUCUA